UUGAAAAAAUGUCAAAUCAGUGUUUCGGAUCUGAGAAUUGUUGUGUGUUUUUUUUGUUGUUAGCUUAGUUGCUUUGCUUAGAACAAUAAAGUUAACCCCACAGAAACCACCCAAAAAGUACAAAGCCCCUCUCUUUAGGGUUUCUUAUUCCCUUAAAAAUCGGAUGGCACAUCGUCAUCAAUUGUUCAGCUACGCCCUUCAACCUUCUUACGCUGCCGCCUCUGCCGUUUCUCCCGCGCCGCCGGCGCCGCAACCGCAGCCGCAACUUCAACCGCAGCCGAAGAUCGGUCUUUCUUCUCUCUACGGUUCCUCUGCUGCUGACCAUUACUUCCCCGAUACCAAUUUUCGCUUCUUACCUCGCGACGGAUCCGAAGCUUUGAGCAACUAUUCCUCUUCUCUAGGAACCCUUACAUCGUCUUCCGCUAUGUACCAUCAUCUCCCCAAUACGACGACCACGCAUUUGGCGUAUCCGCAGCUGAUUCAGCAGCAUCAGGAAGCUUGGCCGCCUGGCGUGGAGGUUCCUGUAGCUGCUUCCGCCGUCGAGCCUCUUCCUCCUGGUGUUAAACGCACCUCUGAAGCGCUCUACUAUCCGACUCUAUUGGGUGCCCAUAAUACAAUUGGUCAAACCGAAGCUUGGUAUACUACAGACUAUUUUACCAAGCGCCUUAAGUUGGAGAGUACGAGCCAUUUGCCUGUAUAUCCACAGAGGCCAGGGGAGAAGGAUUGUACCCACUAUAUGCAAACAAGAACAUGUAAAUUUGGAGAAAGCUGCAAAUUUGAUCAUCCUAUUUGGGUUCCUGAGGGCGGAAUCCCAGAUUGGAAAGAGGCACCACUUGUUCCAAACGAUGAUUACCCUGAGAGACCAGGAGAACCAGAUUGUCCAUACUAUAUAAAAACACAACGUUGCAAAUAUGGUUUAAGGUGCAAGUUUAAUCAUCCGAGAGCAGCGGCUGCAGUUAGUGUUGAAAAUCAAGAUUCAUUACCUGAGAGACCGUCUGAGCCACCGUGCACUUUUUACAUGAAGACUGGAAAAUGUAAAUUUGGUUUAACAUGCAAGUUCCACCACCCAAAGGAUAUCCAGCUACCAUCAUCUAGUCAGGAAAUGGGUACUAGUGAGGCGUUAACCAGUGAUCCUGAUGCCACCAACAAUCCUCAUGUGACAUUUACCGCAGCGUUAUAUCAUAACUCGAAAGGACUACCUGUUAGACCGCUUUUACAGGGUGAAGUGGACUGCCCGUUCUAUCUUAAAACCGGAAGCUGCAAGUAUGGCGCCACUUGUCGCUACAAUCACCCGGAGAGGACUGCAUUCACUCCUCAGGCUGCUGGGAUAAAUUAUCCUCUAGUCUCCUCGACCGCUGCGAGUGUAAACCUUGGGUUGGUUAACUCAGCUGCCUCCCUCUAUCAGACUCUUGCUCAACCCACGCUUGGAGCGCUUUCAGCAAUCUAUCCCCAAAGACCUGGACAGUCAGAAUGUGACUACUACAUGAAGACAGGGGAGUGCAAGUUUGGAGAGAGAUGCAGGUUCCAUCACCCAGCAGAUAGGUUAAAUGCAACGACCAAACAAGCUUCUCAACAACCGAAUGUUAAGUUGAGUCUUGCAGGGUAUCCCAGAAGAGAGGGUGCGCUUAAUUGCCCGUAUUACAUGAAGACAGGGACUUGCAAGUACGGGGCAACAUGUAAGUUUGACCAUCCUGCUCCAGGUGAGGUGAUGGCUAAAACCAGUUCAGAAGCCGAUGCUGGUGGAGGAGCUGACACUAAUCAAUGAGCAGGGCUGUGUCUAUCUAUGUUAUGUAUUGUGGUGAAACAUUGGCCUAGGGCCUAAUUUUAAUAAAAUACUCUUAAAAGUUU